CUUCCUCGUCGACACAUCCUCCGACGGCGACCAUGUCUGUUUCCUCCACCAUUUCUGUCCAGGCCAUCGCGACCCGUCCUAUCCAGAUCCAGUCUGGCUCCAUUAGAAUCUCCAUCCCCGUCUCCACCGACGCAGACGAGUGGACCGCCGCGGAAGUGCUUAGAGACGACUUCACCCACGUUCAGACGACCGACGAUGCUAUAGAGACUACCGCGGAGCUUGAAAACGCGACAGAGGCGACCGUAGAACUUUUCGCCCGCUUCCUGCGCUUUGCAGCAGAGAAAUUGGAUGAGGACGCGCAGUCGGAGCCAGCGCGCACCUCCAUCCUUCUCAAGUCGCUCAAGUACUUUACCAAGACCUACCUGUCCUCUCAGGACAUCCACGUAAUUGCUGCCGCUUUCGACACCGAGGUUCGCAAGACCGUCCUCGCGUCAUACUUCAAGGCCCUUGCGACGCUCGAGGCGAAGCAGGUCUCUGCUAUCCCAUAUGGGCCGUCCAGCGCGCUUCUCUCCGCAGCGAAGCGCGGAGACGCGUCUGUCUACGCACUCUUCGGCGGUCAAGGGACCAACGAGGUCUACUUUGACGAGCUCCAGACUCUCUACGACAUCUACAAGCCCUACGUCUCACAAUUCCUGACGAAUGUUACCCGCGAUAUCCUGAUUCCCCUCGUCGAGGAAUCCGAGGAGGACACCUACUACACGCAUGGCCUUGACGUAAUUUCAUGGCUGACAGGCGCAUCACCGCGCCCCCCUGUCGCCUACCUCGCCACCAUCCCCAUCUCAUUCCCUCUCAUUGGCCUUACGCAACUCACGCAGUAUCUGGUCGUAUGCCGAGUCACUCAGUCCAACCCUGGCGACCUCCUCUCUCGUCUCCAAGGGUCUACUGGCCACUCUCAGGGUCUCGUCUCGGCGCUCUGCAUCGCGGCGUCGAAGACCAACGAGUCGUUCUUUGAGAACGCGUCGAAGGCCCUCAGGUGGCUCUUCUACUCCGGCCUGCGCGGCCAGCAGGCGUUCCCCGUCCUCGCGCUCGAGCCAAGCAUUGUGCAAGACUCGGUAGAGGGCGGCGAGGGCGCUCCCAGCCCUAUGUUGUCCGUCACUGGCUUGCCUCUCAAGGACCUCGAGGCGCACAUCGCGAAGACGAACAAGCACCUUCCCGACAACUCGCAGAUCGGCGUGUCCCUGUACAACGGCCCCAAAGCGUUCGUCGUCACCGGCCCCUCGCGGGCGCUGUACGGCCUCGUCACCCACCUCCGGAAGGUCCGGGCACCCAGCGGGCUCGACCAGAGCAAGACUCCCUUCUCACAACGGAAGCCUGUGUUCUCGGUGCGCUUCCUCGUAGUUGGCGUCCCCUACCACAGCAAGUACCUCGCGGACGUUGCGGACGAGGUCAUGGACGACCUGGAGGGCAAGGAGUUGUGGUCCAAGGAGGACCUUGCAAUCCCUGUGUACCACACGGAGAACGGCUCCGACCUCCGAUCAGUCGAUGGGUCUCUUACUCGGGCGCUUUGCGACCAGAUCUUCACUCUUCCGAUCCACUGGUCGAAGGCGACCGACUUCCCUGAGACCGCUACACACGCGGUCGACUUCGGUCCUGGUGGUUUGAGCGGAAUCGGUCCCCUGACUUCGCGCAACCUCGAGGGCCGUGGUGUGCGCGUCAUCAUUGCGGGCGACAAGUCCAAGGGUCCUGCGGAGCUCUACGACGCGCAGAACAUCAAGACCGAGCAAUGGUGGGCGAAGAAGUUCUCCCCCCGUCUGGUGAAGACCAGCGACGGUGCCAUCCAGAUCGACACGCCGUUCUCUCGCCUGCUCGGCAAGCCCCCAAUCAUGGUCGCCGGUAUGACGCCGACCACCGUGAAGGCAGGCUUCGUGAGUGCUGUCCUCGACGCGGGUUACCACGUCGAGCUUGCGGGUGGCGGACACUACAACGCCGCCGCACUUCGCGAGAAGGUGGCGGAGAUCCAGAGCAAGAUCCCCGCGGGCGUCGGUAUCACGCUGAACGCACUCUACAUCAACCCGCGCCAGUUUGGCUUCCAGUUCCCGUUGUGGCAGGAGAUGCGCCGCGAGGGUCUCCCGAUCGAGGGCUUCUGCGUUGCCGCCGGUAUCCCCAGCACGGAGAAGGCGGCUGAGAUCAUCGACGCACUCCGGGCCGCUGGCAUCAAGCACGUCUCGUUCAAGCCCGGUUCCGUCGACGGCAUCCGCCAGGUCGUGAACAUCGCGGCCGCGAACCCCGACUUCCCUAUCAUCAUGCAGUGGACCGGUGGUCGUGCGGGUGGCCAUCACUCGUGCGAGGACUUCCACCAACCUAUCCUCUCGACGUACGGCUCCAUCCGCCAGCACUCGAAUCUCCUGCUCGUCGGAGGCUCUGGCUUCGGCGGCGCUGAUGAUGUAUGGCCGUACCUCACGGGUGACUGGUCGGUUGAGGCCUUCGGUGCUCAGCCCAUGCCCUUCGACGGCUUCCUCUUCGCCAGCCGUGUCAUGGUUGCGAAGGAGGCCCACACGAGCUCGUCCGUCAAGGACCUCAUCGUCGCUGCCGCCGGCGUCGACGAUUCGAAGUGGGAGGGCACGUACGCGAAGGAGACCGGCGGUAUUCUUACCGUCCGUUCGGAGCUCGGCGAACCGAUCCACAAGAUCGCCACUCGCGCUGUCAAGCUCUGGAAGGAGUUCGACGAUACCGUCUUCAAGCUGCCGAAGGAGAAGCGCACGACGUGGCUCAACGAGCACCGUGCGGAGGUCAUCGCGAAGCUCAACAAGGACUUCGCGAAGCCGUGGUUCGGGUGGAAGAAGGACGACUCCGUCGUCGAGGACAUCGCGGACAUGACCUACGAGGAGGUCGUCCUGCGCAUGGUGCGCUUGAUGUACGUCGCGCACCAGGAGCGCUGGAUCGACACGUCGCUCCGGAACCUCACCGGGGACUGGCUGCGCCGCGUUGAGGAGCGCUUCGCUGGCGUCAACGGCGGCCAGAAGCCGUCGAUCCUUCAGUCGUACACGUCGCUCGACAAGCCUCAGGCGUUUGUUGAGAAGUUCUUUAAGAGGUACCCGGCCGCGACGGAGCAGCUCCUCGCGUCCGAGGACAAGGCUUACUUCCUUGCCAUCUCGCAGCGCCCCGGUCAGAAGCCCGCACCCUUCAUCCCCAUCCUCGAUGCAAGCCUUGAGGUCUGGUUCAAGAAGGACUCCCUCUGGGCUGCUGAGGACAUCGACGCCGUCUUCGACCAGGACCCCCAGCGUGUGUGCAUCCUCCAGGGCCCCGUCGCCGUGAAGCACGCGAAGGUCAAGGACGAGCCUAUCAAGGAGAUGCUCGGAAACAUCACCUCGAUCCUCGUUGACAAGCUCGUCGACCGCCUCUACGCCGGCGAUAAGUCAAAGAUUCCGACGGCCGAAUACCUCGCUCCGGCGCCCCGUGCUCUCCCCACUGUGAUUGCCCCCGCCGUCUCUGGCAACACCGCGACCUACGUCGUCGGCCAGUCCGUCCCGGAGACUUCGGCGUGGCUCGAGACCCUCGCGGGCCCCGAGCUCAGCUGGGCGCGUGCGCUGCUCACCUCCACGACUAUUGUGCAGGGCACGGCGUAUGUCGACAACCACAUGCGUCGUCUCUUCGCUCCCCGCCGUGGGCAGAAGGUCGUCGUCGAGGCUGAGGGAUCUCGCCCCAUCAAGAUCUCAGUGUUCGGUAGCGCUCGUUCGUACGGCGAGCACGACCCGUCGUUCAAGGCGGUCGAGGCUACUUUCGAUGCUACAACUUCGACGAUCGACGUCACCGUCUUCGAGGAGCGCCGCGGGUCGUCUGUCCCCCUCGACCUCCAUUUCGUCUACAAGCCCGCCAUGGGCUACGCGCCCAUCCACGAGGUCGCCGACGACCGCAACACGCGCAUCAAGGCCUUCUACUGGAAGCUAUGGUUCGGCGAUGACGAGGUGCUCCCCGAGAUCAACGUCCGCGACACGUUCACUGGCCCGGAAGUCACGAUCGACGAGGAUGACAUCGAGAGCUUCUGCGCGGUUGUUGGCAACCAGGGCGAGGCGUUCAAGUCCGCCCGCAACGAGACGCCCUUGGCUCCCAUGGACUUUGCCAUCGUUGCUGGAUGGCAGGCAAUCAUGAAGGCUAUCUUCCCCGCGCCCAUUGACGGAGAUCUCCUCAAGCUUGUGCACUUGUCGAACGGCUUCCGCCUUCUCGACGGCGUCAAGCCUCUCAAGGCUGGUGAUGUCUGCAAGGCAGAGGCGCGCAUCGUCGCUGUCAUCAACAGCGACGCCGGCAAGUCAGUCAAGGUCAAGGGACAUGUUAUCCGCGACGGCGAGCGUGUCAUCGAGGUCGUCUCCUCGUUCCUCUACCGUGGCCGCUUCAGCGACUACGAGAACACGUUCGAGAUCCUCGAGGAGCCCGACUACCUCGUCGAGCUUCCGUCGGACGCUGCUGUCGGUGUCCUGCAGUCGAAGGAAUGGUUCGAGUGGGACGACGAGACCAAGCCCCUCCAGGCUAGCACGACGCUCAUCUUCCGCGUCCGCUCGGAGGUCACGUACCGCAACAAGACCUGCUACAAGGCCGUCAACGUCUCGGGCGAGGUCUUCGUCCGCGACCAGAUCAAGCGCCUCGUCAAGGUCGGCACCGUCGACUUCCUCCAGGACGACUCGCGCGGCAACCCCGUCGUCGCGUACCUCCAGCGUCACGGUAAGCCCCAGGGUCUCGUUAGCCCGCUCUCCAACGAUGGCUACACUAUGACCGUCAACGCGAGCACCGCGUUUGCAUCGCCUGCCACCAACGAACCUUACUCGAAGGUCUCGGGUGACUUCAACCCCAUCCACAUCAACCCGUACUUCGCGGAUUACGCAUCCCUCCCUGGCACGAUCACGCACGGUAUGUGGUCGAGUGCCGCGACGCGUCGCUACGUCGAGACUGUUGUUGCGCAGGGCAAGCCUGAGCGCGUCGUUGCGUACGACGUCGCCUUCGUCGGCAUGAUCCUUCCCGGAGACGAGCUUGAGGUCAAGAUCAAGCACGUCGGCAUGCGCGACGGCAACUUCGUCGUCAACGUCGAGACUGUUAACAGCCGCGGCGAGAAGGUCCUGGCCGGUACCGCGGAGGUCGCGCAGCCCGCCACCGUCUACGUCUUCACUGGCCAGGGUUCCCAGGAGCCCGGCAUGGGUAUGGAUCUCUAUAACAACUCGCCUGCCGCCCGCUCCGUCUGGGAGGCCGCCGACGCUCACCUUACCGCCGUCUACGGGUUCUCCAUCGUCGAGAUUGUCAAGGACAACCCCAAGGAGAAGACCAUCCACUUUGGUGGUAUCAAGGGUCAGGCGAUUCGUCAGCGGUACAUGGACAUGGCCUACGACACGAUGGACAAGGAUGGCAACGUCAAGACUCUGCCCCUCUUUGGCGACAUCAACGACAUGCGCUCCAAGGGUCUCGUCCAGAAGGACUCCGCCUUCGCGGGUCACUCGCUCGGCGAGUACUCCGCGCUGGCGUCGAUCGCCGACGUCCUCGCCAUCUCGUCCCUCGUCGACGUUGUGUUCUACCGUGGUAUCACCAUGCAGCGCGCGGUUGAGCGUGACUCCCAGAACCGCUCCAACUACGCGAUGUGCGCGGUCAACCCGAGUCGCAUCUCGAAGACCUUCAACGACGCGGCGCUCCGUGAGGUUGUUGACAACAUCGCCCAGAAGACCGGCUGCCUGCUGGAGAUCGUCAACUUCAACGUCGAGGGUCAACAAUACGUCUGCGCUGGAGAGCUGGUCGCUCUCCAGACGAUGACGAACGUCCUCAACUACUUGAAGGUCGAGAAGAUCGACAUCGGGAAGCUGACGGAGAAGUUUACCGUCGACCAAGUCAAGGAGAUGCUCGGCGAGAUUGUCACCUCUUGCUACAACAAGGCGAAGGAGCAGCAAGCGAAGGAGGGCUACAUCAAGCUCGAGCGUGGCUUCGCCACCAUCCCCCUCCCCGGUAUCGACGUGCCGUUCCACUCUCGUUACCUCUGGGCUGGCGUCAUGCCUUUCCGCGCAUACCUCUCGAAGAAGAUCAACCCCGCGCACUUGAACCCUGACACUCUCGUUGGCAAAUACGUGCCGAACCUGAUCGCGAAGCCCUUCGAGGUGACCAAGGAGUACGCCCAGCUCAUCUACGACCAGACCCUCUCGCCUCGCCUCGACAAGGUGCUCCGCAAGUGGGAUCAGGACAACUGGGGCUCGCAAGAGCAGCGCCAGAAGCUCGCGUACAUCAUCCUCGUCGAGCUCCUCGCGUACCAGUUCGCCUCCCCCGUUCGUUGGAUCGAGACACAAGACAUCCUCUUCACGCACUACAAGUUCGAGAGGUUCGUCGAGAUCGGGCCUUCGCCGACGCUGAACGGCAUGGCCACUCGCACGCUCAAGGCCAAGUACGAGACUCAGGACGACUCCGUCACCCAUCGUCGCGCCAUCUUCUGUCACGCCAAGCACACUAAGGAUGUGUACUACCAGUUCGAGGACGAGGCUGAGGCUCCUGCCGAGUCUAGCAGCGAUGACUCUAGCCCUGCCCCUGCGGCUGCCCCCGUCGCGUCUGCGCCUGUCGCUGCGGCGCCCGCCCCCUCCGCCGGUGCCGCCAGCAUCGAGGAUGUGCCGCUGAAGGCCAUCGACGUGCUCCUUGCGAUCAUUGCGCAGAAGCUCAAGAAGAACGUCAGCGAGAUCCCGCUCUCGAAGAGCAUCAAGGACCUCGUCGGUGGCAAGUCGACGAUGCAGAACGAGAUUCUCGGCGACCUCCAGCUCGAGUUCUCGUCUGCACCGGAGAAGGGCGAGGAGCUCCCUCUCGAGGAGCUCGGCUCGGCCAUCGGCGUCGGCUUCGCGGGUACGCUCGGGAAGUACACCUCCGGACUCAUCUCCCGUGUCAUUGGUGGCAAGAUGCCCGGUGGCUUCAACCUGUCCGCGAUCAAGUCUUACCUCUCGAAGUCCUGGGGCAUCGGCUCCGCGCGCGCGGAUGGUGUUCUCCUGAUCGCCACCACCAUGGAGCCGGCCAAGCGUCUCGGUUCUGAAGCAGAGGCCAAGGCGUGGCUCGACGGCGUCGUCGCCAUCUACGCUCAGAGGUCGGGCAUCUCCCUUUCAUCUGGUGCUGCCGCGGGUGCUGCUGGCGGAGGAGGCGGUGGUGCGGUCAUCAACAGCGAGGAGUUCCUCAAGUUCCAGACCGAGCAAGAGCAGCUUGCCGCUCAGCAGAUCGAGCUCUGGAUGCGCUACCUCAAGAAGGACUCCCGCGCUGGUGAGAUCAAGUACGACGCCGAGAAGGUCAACACCGAGCAGCUCCAGGCCCGUCUCGACGCGAUCGCGAAGGAGCACGGCGACCUCUACAUCGACGGUAUUCAGCCCGUGUUCGACCCGCUCAAGGCCCGCCACUUCGACUCGUCGUGGAACUGGGUGCGCCAGGACGCGCUCCUUAUGUUCUACGACAUCAUCUUCGGUCGCCUCAACACCGUCGACCGCGAGAUCACCGCUCGUUGCAUCGCUAUCAUGAACCGCGCAGACCCUGAGCUCGUCACCUACAUGCAGUACUACAUCGACCAGUGCGAUGCCAGCCGCGGCGAGACGUACAAGCUCGCGAAGCAGUUCGGCCAGCAGCUCAUCGACAACUGCAAGGAAGUCGUUGGCCAACCCCCGCUGUACAAGGAUGUCACGUUCCCUACCGCUCCUUUCACCGAGGUGACGGCGAAGGGUGACAUCAUCUACAAGGAGGUCGUUCGCGAGAACGUCAGGAAGCUCGAGGCGUAUGUCGAGGAGAUGGCCAGCGGUGACCAGAUCGUCGCCCCGACGAACAUCCAGAAGAUCCAGGACGACGUUCUCAAGCUCUGGAAUGUCGUUAAGUCCCAGCCUGAGAUCAGCGAGGAGCAAAAGAACCGCAUCAAGGCAUUGUACGAGGGUGUCGUCCGUUCGCUUCGCGCGAAGCGUUCGGAGUCGCGCACUCGUCACAGCGCUCCUCGCACGCGUCGCUCGUCCUCCGCCUUCCUUCGUCCCCAGAUCUCCAACGUCGCCGCCGUCUCUGCCGACAAGGUGCCUCUGCUUCACUUGAAGCGCAAGGUCGGCACGAACUGGGAGUACAGCAGCAACCUCACGGGUGUGUACCUCGACAUUCUGCACGAGAUCGCCACCUCUGGCAGCACCUUCAAGGACAAGAACGCCCUGCUCACCGGUGUCGGCAAGGGCUCGAUCGGAGUCGAGAUCGUGAAGGGUCUCCUCUCUGGCGGUUCCCACGUCGUCAUCACCACGUCGCGCUACAGCCGCGAGACCGUCGAGUACUACCAGGACAUCUUCCAACGCUUCGGUAGCAAGGGUUCCGCCCUGACCGUCGUGCCGUUCAACCAGGGCUCGAAGCAGGACGUCGAGGCCCUCGUCGACUACAUCUAUUCCACCCUCGGCCUCGAUCUCGACUACAUCCUGCCCUUCGCCGCUGUCCCUGAAAAUGGCCGCGAGAUCGAUGGUAUCGACGACAAGUCUGAGCUUGCCCACCGUAUCAUGCUUGUCAACCUUCUGCGUCUGCUCGGCGCCGUCAAGAACAAGAAGGCGAGCCGUCAGUUCGUCACGCGUCCCACGCAGGUUAUCCUCCCCUUGUCUCCGAACCACGGUCUGUUCGGUAACGACGGGCUGUACUCGGAGUCGAAGAUCUCGCUCGAGACCCUCUUCAACCGUUGGAACAGCGAGAGCUGGGGCGAGUACCUUUGCUUGGCCGGCGCGGUCAUUGGAUGGACUCGUGGGACAGGUCUCAUGUCUGCCACCAACACCGUCGCUCACGAGCUCGAAAGCCACGGCGUUCGUACCUUCUCCGCGAAGGAGAUGGCGUUCAACAUCCUCGGCCUCAUGCAUCCGCUUCUCUUCAGCAUCACGCAAGUGGAGCCGAUCUGGGCAGACCUGAACGGUGGCAUGGACCGCCUCCCCGACCUCGCUGACAUCACUACGCGUAUCCGCAACGACCUCGCGAAGAAGAGCGAGCUCCGCCGCACGGUCGCCCGUGAUAACGCCGCGGACUUCAAGGUCAUUAACGGCGUCGAGGCAGAGCGCGUCCUGCAGACCGUCAACGUCACCCCGCGCGCCAACUUCCAAUUCAGCUUCCCCGUCCUCGAGUCAGAGGACUCGCUUGCGGACCUGGAACACCUCCGCGGCAUGCUCGACCUCGAGAAGGUCAUCGUUGUCACGGGCUUUGCCGAGGUCGGCCCUUGGGGUAGCUCGCGCACUCGCUGGGAAAUGGAGGCGCGCGGCGAGUUCAGCAUCGAAGGGUGCAUCGAGAUGGCAUGGUUGAUGGGCCACAUCAAGCACUUCGACGGCCGCCUCAAGGACGGCUCGCUGUACGUUGGGUGGGUCGAUGCGAAGUCUGGCGAGCCGGUCGACGACAAGGACGUCCGGGGACGCUACGAGAAGGACAUCCUCGCGCACGCCGGUGUUCGUCUGAUUGAGCCCGAGCUUUUCCGUGGCUACGACCCGAAGAAGAAGGUCUUCAACCAGGAGAUCGAGAUCUUGCACGACUUCGAGCCGUUCGAGGCCGCGCAGGCCGACGCCGAGAAGUUCAAAUACGAGCACGGCGACAAGUGCGACAUCUGGGCCGGCGAAGGCGGCCAGUGGUUCGUCAAGUUCAAGAAGGGCGCCCGUAUCUACGUCCCCAAGGCGUUCAAGUUCAACCGUCUCGUCGCUGGUCAGAUCCCGACUGGUUGGGACGCUGGACGCUACGGCAUUCCCGCAGACAUCAUUGCGCAGACCGAUCGCGCGACCCUCUGGGCCCUCGUCUCUGCUGCUGAAGCCCUUAACAUGUCCGGCAUCACCGACCCCUACGAGCUGUACCAACACAUGCACCCCUCCGAGGUCGGCACUGCGAUCGGUAGCGGUAUGGGCGGCAUGGAGAGCUUGGCGCGUAUGUUCAAGGAUCGUCGCGACGAGAAGGAGGUGCAGAACGACAUUCUGCAGGAGACUUUCAUCAACACGACCGCUGGCUGGAUCAACUUGCUUCUCCUGUCCUCGAGCGGACCUAUCAAGAUCCCCGUUGGUGCUUGUGCAACUGCUCUGCAGUCGGUUGAAAUCGCCUGCGACACCUUGCUGUCUGGCAAGGCCAAGGUCAUGCUUGCCGGUGGUUUCGAUGACCUCAGUGAGGAGGGUUCGUACGAGUUCGCGAACAUGAAGGCUACCAGCAACGCGGAGACCGAGUUCGCCAUGGGUCGCGAGCCCACCGAAAUGUCCCGCCCUGCCACCACCACCCGUUCAGGGUUCAUGGAGGCGCAGGGCAGCGGUGUGCAGGUGCUCAUGAGCGCGAAGACCGCGCUGGAGCUUGGCGCGCCUAUCCGCGGCAUCAUCGGCUUCACGUCGACGUCUUCUGACAAGGCUGGUCGUUCAGUUCCUGCUCCCGGUCGUGGCGCUUUGUCCAUCGCGCGCGAGGUUCACACCGAGAACCCCCUCCCGAUCCUCGACAUCACCUACCGCUCCCGUCAGCUCUCGUUCCGCCGCAAGCAGAUCGCGCAGUGGCUGGAGUACGAGCGUCAGCAGCUCCAGGACGAGAUCGAGUACCGCAAGAGCCAGGGCAACGCCAUCAACGACGCGUACAUCUCAUCUCGCGUUACCGACAUGGAGAAGGAGGCCGCUCGCCAAGAGAAGGAUGCCCUCGCCACAUACGGUAUGCUCCAAGGUACCGACCCUCGUGUCGCGCCUCUCCGUCGCGCCCUCGCUGUCUGGGGCCUCACCGCCGACGACAUCGGUGUCCUCUCCAUCCACGGUACCAGUACUGGGGCGAACGAGAAGAACGAGACGCACAUCUGGAACGACGUCUUCACCAACCUGGGUCGUACCAACGGCAAUGCUGUCCCGAUCAUGGCGCAGAAGAGCCUUUGCGGUCACUCGAAGGGUGGUUCCGCCGCAUGGCAGCUCGCGGGUCUCCUGCAGAGCGUGCACGCCGGUAUCAUCCCAGGCAACCGCAACGCCGACAACAUCGACGCCAACUUCAAGGCCCACACCUUCCUCAUCUUCCCGUCGAAGACGAUCCACACCGACGGCAUCCGUGCCGGUGUCAUGUCCUCGUUCGGCUUCGGACAGGUCGGCGGUACCUGCCUCGUCAUCCACCCCCGCUACCUCCUCGCCGCGCUCGAGCCUUCGGCGUACGACGCAUACAAGGUCAAGAACCACCGUCGCCAACGCCUCUCGUACAAGGCGAUGAGCGAGAUGAUGAUCUCGAACAGCCUCGUGCGUGUGAAGGACGCGCCGCCGUACAUCAAGGACCUGGAGGCGCCCGUCCUGCUCAACCCGCUCGCGCGGGCGACGUACAACCCGAAGACGGGCAGCUACGAGUACACCGCGAAGCUCGCGACCAAGCCUGUGGACGACGUCGCGAACGUGUCCGCCGUCACCGAGUCUCUUUCCACAGAGGCCACCGCGGGCGUUGGUGUUGACCAGGAGCUGAUCUCCUCUGUACCCUCAUGGAACCCCACGUUCCUCGAGCGGAACUUCACCGAGGCCGAGAUCGUGUACUGCCGCUCGCAGCCCUCGCCACCCUCGUCGUUCGCGGCGCGCUGGGUCGGCAAGGAGGCCGUGUUCAAGUCGCUCGGCGUCGCGUCCAAGGGCGCGGCGGCAGCGAUGAAGGACAUCGAGAUCCUCCCCGACUCUACUGGCGCCCCGACGGUUUCUCUGCACGGCGACGCGAAGGCGGCCGCAGAGGCCAAGGGCGUCAAGAAGGUCCACCUCUCGCUGAGCCACUCUGACACGACCGCGAUUGCCUUCGCUCAGGCGACGUCCUCAUGAACAGAACACUGUCUUGCAUAUCUUUUCCCAUAUCUGUCGUCUAAUGGAUUCCUUGGUGGUCCCGCGUCGUCGUCGUCUUCAAUCCGCUCUAGUUGUAACAUUCGCAUCAUCCUAUAUCUCUGUUCUCACGUAUAUCACGCCUCUCACGUCCCAAUGUAUUGCAUCACGAUAAUAGAUUCCUUUUCACUCA